AUGGCGUCCGUCCUCAAGGGGCGCCUGGAGCAGGCGGCGGGCCCACAGCCGGGCUGUGGUCACGCGAGCACCAGCCCUAGCUGCGCCCCCGCCGGCGGCUGGAGCUGGGUGCCGCGCGACAACCGCGCCGCGCAGCACCCCACGGACUUCGCCCUGGUGGAGCUUGGCCCGGGCGCCGCAGCUGUCGACGAGUUUGAAUCCGCGCUGCGGCGACAGCUGGGCGCGGCGUUCAGGGACAUGCACCCCGACAGGCGGUUUUCGGGGCGCCUCAAAGGGCUGCAGGGCAGCGGAGAUGCUGUAAGCGGCGACCAGGGUGGCGGCGGCGGUGGCAGCGGCAGCGGCGGGGGCACAGUCGAGGCUGCGGCCGCGGGCGGCGCCGCCGAGGGCGCCCCUGAUUGGGAUGACGUGUUGUCUGUCAAGAAGCCCCCGGGCCGCCUCCAGACGAAGCCCACCAUAGGCCUCGACCCAAGCGACCCCUCGCACCGAGAAGAGCUCCGGCGCCGCCUGCGCCUGCGCCUGCGGUGGCGGCGCUCGGCGGCGCGGCGGCGGCGCGCGCGGGCGCUGCUGCAAGGGCAGGACGCGGGUCAGGGCGGGGGCGUCGCGGCGAUGCUCAGCGCGCCGUCUGUGUGGGAGGAGGGCUUCACUGGGAAGGGCGUCAAGGUCGGCGUGUUUGACACAGGCAUCAGGGAGGACCACCCCCACGUCCGCCACAUCAAGGACCGCACCAACUGGACCCACCAGGACAGCCUCGCAGACGGCCUCGGCCACGGCACCUUUGUCGCCGGCGUCAUCGCCGGCUCGGACGCCGCCUGCCUCGGCUUCGCGCCCGACAUAGAGCUCCACACGUUCAAGGUGUUCACUGACGACCAGGUGUCCUACACCAGCUGGUUCCUGGACGCCUUCAACUACGCCAUGGAGAGCGGAGUACACGUCAUCAACCUCUCAAUAGGCGGCCCCGAUUACCUGGACGCCCCUUUCGUGGACAAGGUCCAGGAGGUCACCGCGUCAGGCAUACUCAUGGUCAGCGCCAUCGGCAACGACGGGCCCCUGUGGGGCACCCUCAACAACCCCGCGGACAACGCUGACGUCAUCGGGGUGGGGGGCGUCGACAACGGCGGGGAGAUUGCGUCCUUCUCCUCCCGGGGGAUGACGACGCACGAGCUGCCCGUCAGCACGGGGCGCGUCAAGCCCGACGUGAUGGCGUACGCGAAGGAUGUGUCAGGCAGCAGGAUCCAGGGCGGCUGCCGCCAGCUCAGCGGCACUAGCGUCGCCUCCCCCGUCGUUGCCGGCGUCGUGGCCCUCCUCGCCUCCACGGUCCCCGAGGCGACCCGCUGGUCCGUCCUCAACCCGGCCAGCAUGAAACAAGCCUUAAUCGAGGGCGCCGCGCGGCUGCGCGGCCGCGGACUGUACGAGCAGGGCGCCGGCCGGGUGGACAUGAUCGCGGCCAAGGGGAUUCUGGAUGAUUACAGUCCGCGCGCGUCGCUGUUCCCCGCGAAGCUGAACUUCACGGACUGCCCCUACAUGUGGCCGCACUGCGAGCAGCCGCUCUACGCGUUCCGCAUGCCGCUCGCGUUCAACGCGACCGUGCUGAACGGCCUCGGCGCUUCAGGGCGCUUCGCGCGGGCCCCGCGGUUCGAGGCGGCCAACGAGGCGGGGCAGCUGCUGGAGGUGUCCUUUACUCAUGCGGAGGUCCUCUGGCCGUGGUCGGGGUGGCUCGGGAUUUUUGUAGAGGUGUCCCCUGUUGCCUGGAACUUCAGCGGCGUGGCGGAGGGGGAGGUCAUCUUCACCAUCGAGUCACCGCCACCUUGGGGCUCCGACGCCCCGCGCCGCUCCACGGUGCGCGUGCCCCUGACGGCGCACAUCGCGCCCACGCCGCCCAAGGCGCGCCGCGUGCUGUGGGACCAGAUCCACUCCGUGAGGUACCCUCCUGGCUACAUCCCCCGCGACAACCUCGACAUCAAGUCCGACAUCCUGGACUGGCACGGGGACCACCCCUACACCAACUACUACGACAUGUACACCGCCCUCAUAAAAAAGGGAUACUAUCUUGAGAUUCUUUCGAGCCCCGUGACAUGCGUUGACCUCCGCAACUACGGGUCCUACCUGGUGGUCGACUCAGAGGACGAGUGGUACCCCCAGGAGGUGGCCGCAGUGGAGGCGGCCGUCAAGCAACACGGCCUGCAGCUCAUCGUCUUUGCAGAGUGGUACCACGCCGACUCUUUGACUGCCAUGAAAUUUUUCGACGAUAACACGCGCUCCUGGUGGACCCCCGCCACCGGCGGCGCCAACGUGCCCGCCUUGAAUGAGCUGCUGGCGCCGCACGGGGUGGCGCUGGGGGACGCCAUCGUGCAGGGCAGCCUGCGGGUCGCGGGCAUGGACGUACCGGUGUCCUACGGUACGUCGAUCUGGAAGUUCCCCGCCGGCGGCGCCGUCCACGCCGCCUCCCUCAGCGACUUCGCCUCAAAGGGCGGCGCCAAGGAUCCCAGUGACAGCGGCGCCAGGAAGGACGCGCCCAGGGCGGAACACGCGGUGCUGGGCAGGGCGCGCAGCGGCGCGGGCGGCGUGGCGGUGUUUGGGGACUCAAACUGCCUCGACCACAGCCACAGGCCUGCGGCGCUGUGGAGGGCGUAG